CCGGAAGUGGUGCCGGUAGUUAUGUGCGGCUCCUCUCGCAGGUUCAACAGAUCUCUCAGUGUGCACGGCGGCUCGGCAGAGGCUAAAGGGGAACGUUUGAGGACACUUGACAGCUUUCAGAGACUGCUAUGACAUCUCGCAGGUGGUUCCACCCCAACAUCACCGGACUUGAAGCAGAGCAGCUCCUGUUGACCCGGGGCGUUCACGGCAGUUUCCUGGCCCGGCCUAGCAAGAGCAAUCCGGGGGAUUUUACCCUCUCUGUUAGGCGGAACGAUGAGGUGACCCACAUUAAAAUCCAAAACUCAGGCGACUACUACGACCUGUACGGAGGCGAGACAUUCGCCACCUUGGCCGAGCUGGUGCAGUAUUACACCGAGCAACAGGAUCUCCUGCGUGAGAGGAACGGCCAUGUCAUCGAGCUCAAGUACCCACUCAACUGCAAGGACCCCACCUCUGAGAGGUGGUACCAUGGGCACCUCUCUGGGCGAGAUGCAGAGAAACUGCUCACAGACAAAGGCAAAGCCGGUAGCUUCCUGGUACGGGAGAGCCAGAGUAAACCUGGCGACUUCGUCCUCUCGGUUCUCACCAAUGAGGAGAAACAUGAAAACGUGGACCGCAAGACCAAAGUCACCCAUGUUAUGAUACGCUACCAGCAGGAUGGUAAAUACGACGUGGGUGGUGGUGAGAGGUUUGACACCCUGGCUGACCUGGUGGAUCACUACAAGAAGAACCCCAUGGUGGAGAAAAGUGGCAUCGUAGUGCAUCUCAAACAGCCCUUUAACGCCACAAGGAUAAAUGCAGCAAACAUUGAGAACCGGGUACGAGAGCUUAACAAAGUGGCAGACAACUCUGAGAAACCCAAACAAGGAUUCUGGGAAGAAUUUGAGGUACUUCAGCAGCAGGAGUGUAAACUGCUGUAUCCCCGGAAAGAAGGCCAGAAGCCCGAGAACAAGAGUAAAAACAGAUACAAGAAUAUCCUCCCCUUCGACACAACUCGGGUUGAAAUCAGGGAAGCAGAUCCAGAUGUUCUUGGUUCGGACUACAUCAAUGCCAACUACAUCAGAAGUAUGCAUGAAGAGGGGCGACACGUUGACGAGGGCAAAGUCUUCAUCGCCACCCAAGGGUGCCUACAGAAUACAGUCGUAGACUUCUGGAAGAUGGUGUAUCAGGAGAACACACACGUCAUCGUCAUGACCACAAAGGAGGUGGAGCGAGGACGGAACAAAUGUGUCCGUUACUGGCCCGACCUACACGACACCAAGGAGUUUGGGAAGGUGCUUGUCAAGAACGUGGAUGAGCGGCCGGCACAAGACUACAUCCUGAGGAAGCUGGAGGUGACCCGUCUCGACCGGAAGGAGCCUCUGAGGUACAUCUGGCACUACCAGUACCUGAGCUGGCCGGACCACGGGGUGCCUAAUGAGCCUGGUGGAGUCCUCUGGUUCCUAGAGGAAGUCAACCGCACCCAGAGUACCAUUCCAGACACCGGACCUAUUGUCGUCCACUGCAGUGCAGGCAUCGGCAGGACAGGCACCAUCAUCGUCAUUGACAUUCUCAUUGACAUCAUUAAUCGCCAAGGUCUUGAUUGCGACAUCGACAUCCCAAAGACCAUCCAGAGGGUACGGCAGCAGAGGUCGGGCAUGGUGCAGACGGAGGCCCAGUAUAAGUUCAUCUACAUGGCUGUGCAGCAGUACAUAGACACGGCUCAGAAGAGACUGGAGGAGGAGCAGAGGAAUAAGAUGAAAGAGAGGGAAUAUUCCAAUAUCAAAUAUCCCCAGAUGACCAACUCGAGGUCCAAGCCCAACAUGACAUCCUCACGCUCUUCUUCUGUGAUGACAAAUGAUGAUUCGUCGAGUGUGUAUGAGAACAUAAACUUUAAAAGCCCUCAGACGUCUUUUAGCAGCAACACCAGGAGGUAAAACCAACGCUGUGGACCUCCACAUCUCUCUGUCUGCCUCUCUUUUCAGCGGAGGUGUCGCUCUGUCAGCGCCUGAAAAGCCCUCGGGGCAGGAGGGAGAGUGUCGCUCCGACUACACCCCACAUCAGUGGACCCUGCCUGGGCUAAAGGGGCUGAUGUCUCUCCUGCUGCAGUCCUGCUGGACCUCUCUGUCUGGAGUCAAACCUUACCCUCCGUAAAGAGGACGACUCUACAGCAUAGCGCUCUCACUCAGGACCCUUGUCUUCCUCCCUUUCUCCCUCCAGCCUCUCCCCCCUCUUACCCAGCACAAGUGCCUUGUCACAGGAUGCGUCUGUAAUCUAGCCUCCCCAAACUUGCUGUUACAUCGCUACUGUUGCUACUAUUCCAAAUCUUGGAAACCCGAGUUGACAUGACACCCCGGUUUUUCCUCGGGGUGGUGGAUGUUGAACAUGGACUGUGACCCCGGCCUGAACUCAACCAAACUGUAAGGGACCCAAGAAGAGGUCAAAGCUAAGCUGUUUGUCCGCUCUCUUCACUAUCCCUCUUGCUCUUUGCUGGCUGUCAUUUGGACUCAGACAUCAGACUGUUUUUAGUGACGUUCUGUCUCUCUAUCUGCGGUGGUUAUUAAUGUGGACGCUGAGUGAUAGCCAGGGCAGUUACAUAACUUGCUACAGCACCCUGAGGCACAGGAAAGGCAAGCAGGCCUUCUACAACAAAUUUGACAUAAUCAUUUAGGGUAUAAAAAUGGUUCCAAAUUGAGUUCACACACAAUCUGUCCAUUUAAUCAGCUUGUUUUUGAUUUUUUGUUGGUGUUAUUGUUGAUACUUUUGGUAUAAUGGUUUGUGUAACAUAUGAGAUGUUGAUUUUUUUAAAUAUAUAUAUACAUAUAUAUUUAUAAAGGAGCAUUAUUAUAGAAGAGAUCGUGUUCAAGCACAAUUAUCUGAGCUGCAUCCCCAGCACUAAUUUUGAUUCAACAAUGAAUAGUAAGUGUAGUUAGACAGAAGACGGGUGGAGAGUAUUCCUCAAUGGGUGGUUGAAGUGGAGCUUGGCUGACCGCCGGGUCUCAGCUUCAUUUGACUGGCUGUCCUCGUUAAUCAGCAGGUCUGACGCGGUUCAACAUCUGUCGGAAGAGAUCGUCACAAGGAGACAAGGGAAAGGGCGGCGAUUACAGUGGGCCAGAUGGCCAUCUGCCCGAGAUUGAAGAAUAGAUUUGUCUCCAAAAAGUAAUUUAGAAGAUGGCCAUAAUCCAGGCUUGAUGAUAGUGGGCUGAGUAAGCCGGUGUCAUUGCUGUGAUAAGGAAGACGGUGGAGCCACGGAGCACCGAGCCCUCUGCACUGUCUGGCAGAUUGUUCACUAUUUUUAGCCUCCAGGAUCAGCACCAAAAUAUCCUCCUCAAAUACAAGCGCAGAGAGGCUGGCGAUCUUGCUCGUUAUAAAUGUUAAGAAAUUAAUUGUUAAACCUCAAAAGCAAAGAUGAUGAUGUGUGUGUAGUCUACCUUUGAUUUGAUUUUAAACCAAAAAAAUAAACCAUGAGAGAGAGGCACUUGGUGUUUGUGCUCCAUUCCCCUCUCACCACCGACAGAAGCAUACGACUCUUCAGUCAUAAACUGGCCAGUUUCCUCUUAUGUGUAAUGAUUUUUAUCCAUCUAGAUUGUUUUUUUUUUUAUUUAGAUAUCCGGCUGAGAGAUGUCUGCCCUGUUCUUGAAUAUAACUCUGCUUGUGGUGCUCAAAGUACUACAACAAAACUCGACACAGACUGUCUCUUUCCAGAAACCAUGACCUGGUUACCCAAGGUAAUCCACAGACCUUGUUGGUGCUUUCAUUUAGGAACUGCUUCAUUUUCUGCAUCACCACACCAAAGGAAGUGUGCAACAACUCAUGGACAAGAGGCUAGCUAACUAAGCUAGCAAAGCCAGCUAACUCAGCAACUAACACCAAAACAAUCUAGAUAGAUUAGCGCUACAGGUAAGAAUAAACAUAUGUAUUUUUGAUUUUGCGGUGGACUGUCCCUUUAAAGUGCAGCUCGGUCUCAUCAGAGUGAAUAGUCACUACACUAAGAUAAACUGUAAUGUGAUGCUGUUGACCUUGUGGGGAGUAUGAAAAUAAAGUAAGAUUAUGACCUGCAGCAGCCAUAUCAUCCUGUCUCGACCACCCGAGUUCUGUCUUUUUAAGGCUUACCAGAGUCAUUUCAUUAAGGUCUCAGUACAUCUGUUCAAGCUCUAAAGCUUUGUCUGUCUCGUGAUUCCAGUUUCAGAGUUUUUUUUUUCCCAGAAAGAAUAAAUUGUUGCCAUGGUAUUUUAAUGGUUGUGAAUAAAAAGCUAAGUUUUAUGAAAGGCAACGAAAAACGCUGCACCGCUCGCUGUACUUCAGUUGAAUACGAAUGUCUGAAUCCUUCUGGGUUUUUCCUUUUGUUCUCUUCCCGUCUGAACUGUGAUCUGUGUCCGAUGAAUGACGAACGACUUCUGUGUUGAUUUUUUUGUUGUUUUACUUUUGUUUCCUGUGUUUCUGAACUUUCUUUUGCGCUGUUGUUUUUUAUUAUUAUUAUUAUUAUUAUUAUUGUAUUUUACUUUGCCUCUAUGGCUCAGAUUUUGUUUUUUAUGACAUGGUGAAACAUCAAUACUUGAAAGUGUGAAACUGCUGAAUCUUUGGCCUCAGGCUGUGUGUGGAUGUCCAUUGGCUGUGGUAGUGCACUAGAUUUUUCGCCAUCAGUGUUGGGUUUUUUUUGUUUAUUUUUCUUGUCGUUGUUGAUACAUUUCAAAUUGUGUUUCUAAUUGAUUGUUUUAUCCACUCUAGCAUUUUUGUAUUUGUGUCAGAACUAUUAUUAUUAUUAUUAUUAUUAUUAUUAUUAUUAUUAUUAUUAUUAUUAUUAUCAUCAUUAUUAUUAUUGGUGUCAUUUCACCAUCGAUGAGCAACAUCUGGCUCUGAGUUGAACCAGUGUACGCGGAGGUAUGCAGUAGUAACACGGUAUUUUCUUUCUGCUUGUCCUCUCAAUUUUUACUUGAACAUGAUGUCUUUUUGUUUUGAUUCCUCGUUCCUCAGAUGCUCACAGUAUGCCUGAAGUGUGUGGUGGUGUACCGAGUGCUCCCAUGUUGUUCAGUGGAGGCUUUUUCCUCUUCUUGCACUGGCUCUGCCCAGAUGCCUUUUUUUCUUUUUCUUUUUUUUUUUUGCUGUAUAGGCUACAACUGCUGAUGCAAUGAGCUGCCAGAAAAUGGCAACAAAAUGGUUUAUUAUCAAAUAGUUUAAUAAAAAUCUAUGAUGGCGCUGUGUAAAUUUA